AACUGUGUUUAAAAGUCCAGUAGCUCCAGUAGCACGUUGGUGUAAAGUGGUUGUCGGUAGCUUUCUGUACAAACCUGAAACAUGUCCACUACUUGUAAAUUAAUGAUGACAUGUAGCAAAACACGUCAGUUUUGCAGAUUGUUAUACCCUCCCACAUCGUUUUAUUCCAACUCACACAUCGUACAAAAAUCGCGUGUAUACGAUAAAUUGAUAAGAACCACAUUACAUAAAUCUUUUAUCGACGGUCAGUUAACUUUGCAUUUUUCAACGUCAAGAAUUUCAAAGUCUAGUACUACGACUAUGGCAGAAGGUGAUGUAAAAGAACUCAAUGUUCAUUAUAAAGAUAUUAUAAAAGCUCAGAAAGAUGACAAUGUACUCAUUAUUGACGUCAGGGAACAAAAUGAGAUUGAUGAGACCGGAAAACUACCAGGAAGUAUUCAUAUACCAAUGGGAGAUGUAUCUAAUAAUUUACUUAACUUGUCUGACAAAGACUUUAAAAAUAAAUUUGACAAAGAAAAACCUACAAAAGAUACGAAGAUCAUAUUAAGUUGUAGAUCCGGUAAAAGAAGUGGAAUGGUACAAGAGGAGAUACAAAAGCUUGGAUACAAAAAUGCAUAUAACUAUGUUGGUGGAUGGUUAGAUUGGGAAAGUAAAAUACAAGGAUAGACUUAUCUACUCUUAUCUAGUGAAAUUUAUUCAGCAAUAAAUUGUUAUCAAUUACUCAAAAUAAAAAUCGUUUAAAUCGACUUUAAUUAGUACUAGUUACAUAAUACGCGAGUUACGUUUAUUAAUUAUAUAUAUAUAUAUACACAUAAUUCAGAGCUUGUAUACAUAUAAUUGUACAUAUGCAAACACUUCAUCAAUCAUUCUUUACCAUUACUCGAUAAUGUAAAAUAUAGACCAUUCAUUUUACACAAAAUA